AUGGAUGUCGACUGCAUGCCUGCAACCAGUGAUACCAAGGAGGCGGCAAAAUCACCUGACGAGUGGAAGCACAUUGCAGAUUCGACGCAGCGCAAGAAGGUGCAGAACAGGAAUGCGCAGAGAAUAUACCGACACAAGCUCAAGAGGCGCAUCGCCGAAUUGGAGCGAAUCAACAGCAGGCUUGUGUCGCGCCAGACCACGUCCAGCCCGAGCCCUGUACCUGGGCCUGCCCUCACUGCAGCCUCGGGCUCGGGCUCGAGCUCGUCAUGCGAACCCGACGACAACAACAACAACAACAACAACAACAACAACAACAACAACAACAACAACAACAUCAACAAUUACAACCUUUUCUCUCCCCCGUCGCCUCAGCAGACUGCUCCGUCUUCACUCAGCAACACCGCAACCACCGAGGACUGUACCUACUCCCCCCAAGCACUAUGGCCCGACGAUUCCAUGGCCGCCUUGGACCAGCUGGCCGACGUGCACUGCCUGCUCAACCCCUCGACCCUACUCCCGGACAGCGCCAUUCCCAGCCUCAUGCUCGAUUUCCCCGUUGAGCAGCCCGCGGCCUCUCCAUACGACCUCUUCUCCACACAGCCAUGCGCACCCUCUUCUCCCUCAUAUCCAGCGACGACGGCGGCGGCAGCGCCAACCGUGUCCCUCGACGACGGCCGAACCACGCUGCACCACGCCAUAGAGCAGGACCGCCUAUCAAUGGUAUCGAUGCUGUUGGCCCAGCGCGCCGACGUGUUCGCCCAAAACGUGUGCGGUGCUGCCCAUGGCAAUGCGGCUGCCACCCGCCUGGUGCCCGCCGCGGCGACGGAACAGGCCCACGCAGACGACGAAGCGGGUGCGCAGACGCAGAAGAUGAGGCCAGGCGUUGCCGUGGUGGGCGAUGCAGGCGGCGCCACGCCACUACACUUGGCCGCGGCCGGCGGGCACGAAGGCGCCGUCGCUGUGCUGUUGGGCCUGCAGCACGCAGCCUCAUCGUCACCGUCAUGGUCGUCGUUCCCCUUUCCUGGCGCCGAGCACAAGGCCACGAGCGCUGUGGACAUGCAGACGCCGCUCAGCGACCCCAACGCUGUCGACGCUAGCCGUCAGACACCACUGCAUCUGGCCGCGGCGGCAGGCAGCGAGCCCGUUGUACAGCUGCUGUUAGAUGCAGGUGCGGACAUGCGAUUCAAAUCCGCCAACGGGUGGACGGCGCUGCAUGUAGCCGGGUGGGCGGGACAUGACGGCGUUGUCGCGCUGCUGUUGCGGCGCGGCGCAGAUGUCGACUGCCGGGUCAAGAAGUGACUAUGAGGAAAAUC